AUGCGUCGAGGUGGAUCGAUGGGUCCACCUGGAGGUGACCCAUAUCAGAGCCGCCCAUCACCCGGUGGCUACUACUACUCGCGUUCAUCGACCGCCGGCCAGCCGGCUCCAUCUCCAUCGCACAGUCAACAGUCCGCAUCAUCACAUCAUCCGAGAGGAGCGCCAAUGUCGCAACCAAUCGCCCGCCGCACGGACUACCGUACCGGAAGCGAACAAAUGACACCACGAUCCGAUCAUCGUGGCCCAUCAAUGGGUUACGGUAAUGGUGGUCCAAACGAUCCACGGUUAGAUGAGGUGACUCCGUCGUACUAUGUGGAGCAUUUGGCCACUUUUGCGGUUGGAAGACAAUUUGGACUCACUUUCCCAGCUGAUGGAAUUCGGAAACUUAAACAGAUGGAAAAGAACUCCGCCAUCUGGGCACAACCUCUAAUUCUUCGGUUUCGACACCACGCCGUAACUGUCGAGGAUGAAAGUGGCGAGCUUGUGGAGCAAUUCCCAUUGGAGCUCAUCGAACAGCCGACAGCACAUGUUAGCAACGAUUCUCGGGAGACUUAUAACAACGUCUUGUUGUUCGUUGUCCGGGAGGAUAGGAAGAGAAUGAGCACGCCGACUGAAAUGCACAUUUUCCAGUGCAUCCGUGUCUCCGCGACGGACGUGGCCGAAGAUCUCAAAAACUACAUCCACGGCCAGUUCCGUCGUGUACGCAAUGGUCGACGAAUCGCCGCACCGACGCAUCUUCAAGCUCAGCAACAUCAAAUGCCAUUCUACCCACCGGACGACGCGUCGAUCAGCAGUGAAACAUCGGAAAUGUUCGAACGAGAUGUGAAUACUCUAAACCGUUGUUUCGACGACAUUGAACGAUUUGUGGCUCGCAUUCAAUCGGCAGCUCUGGCUCAAAGAGAAAUCGAACAACAGAAUCAUAGAUACCGUACUGCGAAUCGUCGUGACAAGAAGAAUCAACAGCCACCAGACCCGAAUGGGAUCCUUUUCAUGAGAGCUCAACUUCCAAUUGAAUCCGAAUUCGUUGACAUUCUCAAAAAGUUUAAACUCUCUUUCAAUUUGUUGGCAAAGCUGAAGAACCAUAUCCAUGAGCCGAAUGCUCCCGAACUUCUUCAUUUCCUUUUCACCCCUUUGUCAGUGAUUUUGGAGGCGUGUCAUUGGGGAUUGGGUCGGAAUAUCGCUCCAACUGUUGCUUCUCCAUUACUAUCACUGGAGGCUAGAGAGCUCAUGCAGAAUUGUUUGACAUCGAGAGAAAGUGACGUGUGGAUGAGCUUGGGAGAAGCAUGGAGAACUCCACCAGACGAGAAACGCCGAAUGCACGCCGAAAAAGACCUGAUCAAAAAAGAGACGGCCCAACCGGCCGAAGUGGUCCCCAUACCCCAUCAACCAAUCACCAAACGAUACGAUCCUCCAAUCUCGGCGUCUCCACCACCGCUUCGUUCUGGAAACUACUCACACGUCAAGGUUACGGUAGAUUCUGAUACAUCGCCACGUCAACAAGCAUUCAUUGAUGACGUUGUUGGAAGAGGUGGAAAGUUGGCAGUGGUUACGUAUGAGAGACCAGGACAGAAUGCAAAGGAGUUGACUGUUCAUAAGGGAGAGUAUUUGGAGGUGCUCUUCGACGAGCGUAACUGGUGGGAGUGCAAGAACAUGCAUCAGAGAGUUGGAUAUGUUCCACAUACGAUUUUGUCAAUGGUGCCGUUUGAGCAACAACAACAAUAUGCGGUAAGAGUAAUUAAAAACUUUCAAAUUGAAUAUGAGGAAAAUGUACACGAUCAGAAGUUCGGGAAUGCUGAAACAAACUUGCUUUAUGGAACCGAAAAAGUUAUUUUUAACGAACAUUUAGGUUUAUUAGGCUCCUCAAACAAACGUUUUAAAUUAGAAAAACAAAUUUCCUGCUUCACAACUAUUUCAAAAAUUCAAAAAUUCGAAGAAUAUCCACAAAAUUCCAAUGUCGAAUUAAUAAAAUCUAAGACAAUAAAUUCAAUCUCAUUUAUGAGAAUUUCAAAACAGUACUUUAUAGAAUUUUUCCAGUCCCCCAACCACAACAACACCUCAUCCAACGUCUACAAUAAUGGCCAUCAUCAGGGUCCAGGUAUGCUUCCAGAAGACGCUCCAUCCUAUGUCAAAGAGCGACUCCGCCCAACACCGGCCUACAAUCCACCAACGCCUCUUGUAUCAGAUGUUGGAAUUCAAGUCGAAACUCAUCAAAAACCGAUUCCUCCACCUCCAAUGCCAGUUGUUGCUCCACCACCACCGCCACCAAUCCACGCUCCAUCGGCGGUCGAGUUGAUUCGACCACCAAUACCGAAACCUCGUCCCCAAUUGGAAAUUUACACAAGACUUCAGAACCCCCAACUCGUCGCCGAGAUGAGCGACACACUUGGAAAAACGGGCGGCGAGAUAUUGAGACCAUCAAUGCAGAGAGCUACACGGGUGGCCAUCAACGAGAAGUCUUCUCCAGAAGACGUCCAUCGUUGGUUACAGGAGAAGGGAUUCUCACCGAGAGUAAUUGACCUAUUGGAUGGUCAAGACGGUGCCAACCUGUUCUCCCUAUCCAAACUUCAUCUUCAACAAGCUUGUGGAAGAGACGAGGGUGGAUAUCUCUACAGUCAAUUGUUGGUUCAGAAGAAGAGGAGUGGGUUCCGAACACACACUGGCGACGAGCUGAAAGCGAUUCUGAAUCACCGACGAACCCACGUUGAACUGUCAAACGAAGCACCGGCUGAUGAACCCGUUUUUACUAUUAAUCCA